AUGUCAGGCCUCUUUGGUAGCGCAGCGUCAGCCACCGCGGCGUCAAGCACCACGGGAGACGUCUCAAAAGAUGUCGCCCUGACAUCGCCUCCCGAAGACAGCACAUCCGAUCUCCAAUUCUCCCCGGCAGGCGAUUUUCUAGCAGUCGCAUCAUGGGACAAGAAAGUCAGAAUAUACCAGGUGAACGAGCAAGGUCAAAGCGAAGGCAAGGCAGCCAUGGACUUUGAAGCUCCCGUAUUAAGUUGUGCAUGGUCAGAAGAUGGUACCAAAAUCGCAGGCGCCGGCGCCGACAAAACCUUCCGGUUACUCGAUCUUGGAUCUGGAAACAUGACGCCCCAAACCCUUGUCGCGCACGAACAACCUGUACGAACAUGUCGCUUUGCGACAAUCGGCAAUUCGCCUAUCUUGAUCACCGGCUCGUGGGAUAAGACUGUCAAAUACUGGGAUUUCCGGUCACCAAACGCCGUUGCAACACUACAAUGUCAAGAACGAGUCUACACAAUGGACGUCAAGAACAAGCUGCUGGUCAUUGGGACGGCAGACCGAUACAUCAACAUCGUCAACCUCGAUUCGCCGGAGAAGUUCUACAAGUCAAUGCAGUCGCCGCUCAAAUUCCAGACCAGAGUGGUCAGUUGUUUCACUGACGCCACGGGCUUUGCUGUGGGCAGUAUUGAAGGCCGAUGUGCCAUUCAAUACGUGGAGGAGAAGGACUCGGCCAACAACUUCAGUUUCAAAUGCCAUCGGGAUACUCCGACUACGGGCCCCAACCGAGAUGUCUCCAAUGUAUAUGCUGUCAACGCCAUCUCUUUCCAUCCCAUACACGGCACUUUCUCCACGGCAGGCAGUGACGGCACGUUCCACUUCUGGGACGGCAACGCCAAACAUCGACUGAAGGGAUAUCCGAACGUCGGCUCACCGAUCACCGCAACAGCAUUCAACAGACAAGGCACUGUUUUUGCGUACGCAGUUUGCUAUGACUGGAGCCAAGGCUACCAAAAGAACACUCCACAGACCCCUAAUAAGAUCAUGCUUCAUGGUGUGCAACCAGAGGAAGUGAAGCCGAGACCCGGUGGGAAGAAGAGGUGA